ACAAAGCCAAACACAACAAUGCUCACCAUUGUAGUAGUCACCCCCUAAGCCAAAAAAAAUAAAAAAAAUAAAAAAAAUCGGAUUCUCUCUUCAUCACAAAAGGAAACCACAAUCUUGAUCAUAAAAAACACUGAAAACACCAUUUUUUCUAGAUCUCAGAUCCAUCAGGUAAUCACAAAAUCCUCUCUCUGUCCAUUUUUUCUCUCCUCAAUAAAUAUCCUGGUUUGGUUUUAUCGAUGGAGAGUUUAGCGCAACUAGAAGCAUUGUGCGAGAGGCUAUACAAUUCGCAAGACUCUGCAGAGAGAGCACACGCGGAGAAUGCAUUGAAAUGCUUUUCAGUGAAUACCGAUUACAUUUCGCAAUGCCAGUACAUUCUUGACAAUGCGUCUACGCCUUACUCGUUGAUGCUCGCCAGUUCUAGUUUGUUGAAACAAGUCACUGAUCAUAGCCUCUCUUUGCAGCUCCGUCUUGAUAUCAGGAAUUACUUGAUUAACUAUUUGGCUACGAGAGGACCGUUACCACAGUUUGUUAAUGCGUCUUUGAUUCAACUUCUCUGUCGUGUUACGAAGUUUGGAUGGUUUGAUGAUGAUAGAUUUAGAGAAGUGGUCAAGGAGGCUACUGAUUUCUUGAGUCAGGCAUCUAAGGAGCACUAUGAAAUUGGUUUGAAGAUACUGAAUCAACUUGUGUCUGAAAUGAACCAGCCAAAUUCAGGGUUGCCUUCAACAAAUCAUCGAAGGGUAGCUUGCUCCUUUAGGGACCAGUCGCUUUUUCAAAUAUUCCAAAUUUCUUUAACAUCAUUGAGUCAACUGAAAAAUGACGUUACGAGUCGAUUGCAAGAGUUGGCACUUUCUCUUUCGCUAAAAUGUUUAUCUUUUGAUUUUGUUGGGACAUCAAUUGAUGAAAGUUCAGAGGAGUUUGGUACUAUUCAGAUACCGUCGUCCUGGAGGCCUGUUUUAGAGGAUCCAUCAACUUUGCAGAUCUUUUUUGAUUAUUAUGCCAUUACAACAUCUCCUCGUUCAAAAGAGGCUCUGGAAUGCUUGGUUCGAUUAGCAUCAGUACGACGCUCUUUGUUCACAAAUGAUGCUGCCCGUUCCAAGUUUUUGGCCCAUUUGAUGACAGGAACCAAGGAAAUUCUACAAACAGGACGAGGUCUUGCUGAUCAUGAUAAUUAUCAUGAGUAUUGCCGUCUUCUUGGACGUUUCAGAGUGAAUUAUCAGUUGUCAGAGCUUGUGAACGUGGAAGGCUACAGUGAUUGGAUACAGUUGGUGGCAGAAUUCACUUUAAAGUCUUUGCAGUCUUGGCAGUGGGCCAGCAGCAGUGUAUAUUAUCUUCUAGGGUUGUGGUCCAGAUUGGUGACAUCUGUACCAUACUUGAAGGGCGAGGCACCUAGUUUGCUUGAUGAGUUUGUGCCCAAAAUUACUGAAGGCUUUAUAACAUCAAGAUUUAACUCUGUGCAGGCUGGAUUCACUGACGAUGAAGAUCCAUUAGACAAUGUUGAGCUUCUUCAAGACCAGCUAGAUUGCUUUCCUUAUCUUUGCAGAUUUCAGUAUCAAAGCAGCAGUUUUUAUAUAAUAAACACAAUGGAGCCUAUUCUGCAAUCAUACACGGAAAGAGCACGGCUACAGACUGCUGAUAACAAUGAACUUGCUGUUAUUGAGGCAAAACUUUCUUGGAUUGUUCAUAUCAUUGCUGCUAUUCUUAAAAUUAAACAAUCUACUGGCUGUAGUGUGGAGUCGCAAGAAGUGCUUGAUGCAGAACUUUCAGCUCGUGUUUUGCAAUUAAUAAAUGUUACUGACAGUGGGCUACAUAGCCAGAGAUAUGGUGAAUUAAGCAAGCAAAGACUUGAUCGAGCGAUUCUUACCUUCUUUCAGCAUUUCCGUAAGUCUUAUGUUGGUGAUCAGGCUGUGCACUCAUCUAAGCAGCUAUAUGCUCGUUUGUCUGAACUUCUUGGACUCAGUGAUCAUCUACUACUAUUGAAUGUGAUUGUUUCAAAAAUAGCUACAAAUUUAAAGUGUUAUACAGAGAGUGAGGAGGUCAUUAAUCAUACAUUAAGCUUAUUCUUGGAGCUGGCAUCCGGGUAUAUGACUGGAAAGCUGCUUCUGAAACUGGAUGCUAUCAAAUUUAUAGUUGCCAACCAUACUAGGGAACAUUUUCCCUUCUUAGAAGAAUAUAGAAGCUCUCGUAGCAGAACAACCUUCUAUUAUACUAUUGGCUGGUUAAUAUUUAUGGAGGAUAGCCCAGUGAAAUUCAAGUCUUCGAUGGAACCGCUUUUGCAAGUUUUUUUAAGGUUGGAAACAACUCCUGAUUCGAUGUUUCGGACUGAUGCUGUGAAGUAUGCACUAAUUGGGUUAAUGAGGGAUCUUAGAGGAAUUGCUAUGGCCACAAAUAGUCGAAGAACGUAUGGGCUUUUAUUUGAUUGGCUGUAUCCUGCUCACAUGCCGCUUCUCUUGAAAGGCAUCUCACAUUGGACAGACACACCAGAGGUGACAACCCCUUUAUUAAAAUUCAUGGCUGAAUUUGUGUUGAACAAGGCCCAACGUUUAACUUUUGAUUCGUCAUCUCCUAAUGGCAUUCUUCUUUUCCGGGAAGUCAGCAAAGUAAUUGUAGCCUAUGGAACGAGGAUUUUAUCUCUUCCAAAUGUUGCUGACAUAUAUGGCUACAAAUACAAGGGGAUAUGGAUUUGCCUAACCAUUCUCUCAAGAGCUCUCGCUGGAAACUAUGUCAACUUUGGUGUCUUUGAACUGUAUGGUGAUAGAGCACUCUCUGAUGCACUUGAUAUUGCUCUAAAGAUGACACUCUCGAUUCCUCUUGCUGAUAUAUUGGCAUUUCGAAAGCUAACAAGGGCAUACUUUGCAUUCUUGGAGGUUCUAUUCAGCAGCCACAUUGUUUUCGUAUUGAAUCUGGAUACAAACACCUUCAUGCAUAUUGUUGGUUCCCUGGAAUCAGGUCUUAAAGGUCUGGAUACGAAUAUCUCAUCACAGUGUGCAUCUGCUGUUGACAAUUUGGCUGCUUAUUACUUCAACAACAUCACAAUGGGGGAGGUACCCACUUCACCCACUGCAAUUAAUCUUGCUCGUCAUAUUGCAGACUGCCCCAAUUUGUUUCCAGAGAUACUGAAGACUCUGUUUGAGAUUGUUUUAUUUGAGGACUGUGGCAAUCAGUGGAGUCUUAGCAGACCCAUGCUGAGCUUAACUAUCAUUAGUGAGCAGAUAUUCUCCGAUUUGAAAGCUCAAAUCUUGGCUUCACAGCCUGUGGAUCAACAUCAGCGGCUUGCCCUUUGUUUUGAUAAACUGAUGGCAGAUGUUACUCGAAGCUUGGAUUCAAAGAACAGGGAUAAAUUUACUCAAAAUCUGACGGUUUUCAGGCAUGAAUUUCGUGUCAAAUAGUUCCAAUGUCUUUGCUUGUUGCUCUGCUUUGCUUUGGGGACUGAAUUACACCUGCAGAAGAUUUUGAUUUGAAGAAUUGCCAUACGCAUGCUUCAUACACAGUUGUACACAAACACAUGGUUUUGUUGCUCAUUGACAAGGGAACAUGUUUCUUCUGCAGUCUUUAGACUUUGUUACCCAAAUCAUGUGAAGCAGAUAUUUUGUAAAACCCAAAUGUCUGCUAUGGAGAAGGUGUUGUGUGGAUUUUUGUUUUUUUUUUGUAGACCCUCCCUCCUCUCAAAGAGUCAAAAGUUUUUAAGAGGGAUGAUACUAGAAGUUUAGAUAGGGUACUAUGCCAAGGGGGUCAUUAAAAGGUGUGGUGGUGGUGGUGGUGGUGGUUUGAUAGAUAAUUUUAGGGUAUCGAUUCUUUUUAGAACAAAGAUGUAAAUCAUGAUGUUUACUUGGUGUUUUAGAGGUGGGCCAGUUGGAAAUAGAUUAUUUUGUACAUUAACCCCUACUUUAUUCUUUGUAUUUGUUGAUAAUAGAAAGGAGAAGGGAUGAAAUUUCAGUCA